UUAUCCUCCCCUAUCCCCACCUCUUCUUCCCCCUCUCCAUCGCUGCUCUCUCUCUCUCUCUCAUGGAGAAGCCGAGAAACAGCAUUAAGACCCAUGACUUCAUGAACGUAGAGUCUUUCUCUCAGCUCCCAUUCAUUCGUCCGACUCAUAAACACGAGGAAAGGCCGAUUCGCCUCUUCGGUAUCGAAUUCGUCACUCCUCGAGAAACCCGCCAAGAAUCAGAGUCCAAACUCAACGAUGAGAACACCAGCAACAAUGAUCACGAUGACGAUGAUGAGGAUGACCAUGGCAUCAGCAAGAGAUAUGUGGAUAACGUCACUAGUCAUUAUAGUAGCGCUAACAACAGCAACAGCAGCAGCAGCAGCAGCAGGAGAUUCGAGUGUCACUAUUGUUGCAGAAACUUCCCAACUUCACAAGCCCUAGGAGGUCACCAGAACGCCCACAAGAGAGAACGCCAGCUCGCCAAACGCGUUCACCUCCUCUCAACCGCCAACGCGAACGCAAACGCCGCCCUUGGCUACCGUUUUGGAGUCCCAGCUUCAACUUCUUCCUGUCCUUGGACAAAUUCUAGGGUUUUUGGCAACUACCACUUGGGCGUCGUCGGAGCUUAUAAUCCUCCGGUGACAGCGAAUUCUCUGAUCAACGGUUCUCGAUUAGGGCUACGGAGAAGCCACGUCACUUCCUCUCCAACUUUCAAUCGUGACCGUUCAUCCGGCAAGAACCAAUCUCUGCCGUUUACGCCGUCGUCAUGCAUAGUGGGUGGUGGAUCGAGCUCGCGAAGCAUGUUGUACGAAUCCAAGACAAGUGUAAAAGACCAUGUUAGUUUGGAUCUUCAUCUUUAGUAGUUAAUGUCAUGUUUUCAAUAUUGAGUUCUUAGAUUUCGAAAUCUUUUUUUUUUU